AGUUUCAUUGACGUUAGUCCCAUUCAGGCGGGAGAUUUGGAAACAACUAUUUCUAUUUCUGACCUGCUCGUAUUAAGUACAGAAAUAUCCUUCCGACAGCUCGUCAUCGACAGGAGACCGCGGCCAAAUGGACCCGUUAGACUUUAUAACGAAUGAAGAGUUGCUGCUGUUUCUCCACCGCAAGAAGACGGAGAUUUCCUGCAUAGAGCAACCGCACGCACUAUUCACUCAGCUGCGAGACCACGACCUGAUGACGGAGGAACUCUUUCAGAAGGUGAAAGGGAUGCGCUCUCGUGAGCAGAAGCAGACGCAGAAGCGCAUCUAUGAGGUUCUGGACCGGCUGGAGAAAGAGAAAUCUCAGUGCAUGCAUCAGUUCUGGCACUGUGUGUUUAAAGAUCAUAUCCUGCAGCUGUACCCGACGCUACGCCUGCUCAGAAACAGCCUGCUGGACGGCACCUUCAAAUUCUAUGAGAAUGCUACGGAUGUUGAGACGCAGGUGGAGAAGAGUGAAGGAAAGGGGGAGAAAGGAAAGGAGAAGAAACGCACUCGAAAGAAAAAUAAAGAUGAUAGAAAUAGCGAGGAUAGCGAUGGUCCGGGUCCUUCCUCUGUUUCCACACCCACUAAGAAGAAGAAGAAACCCUCAUUCUCAACUCCUGUGAAGAAAGGAGAAAUACUGGAGAUUUGGAAGUUUCCUUUAUAUAAAACUCAGCUGCCUGUAAACUGUGGGGAUAAAGAGGGCACUCUUUAUCGGGAAAAACUGCCUAAAGGGGAGAAGUGCAUUUUGUCCAAUAAACAAUGGUUCACCCCAUCUGGUUUUGAGAAGUUUGCCGGGAAGGAAAGGUCCAAGAACUGGAAAAUCAGCAUCCGCUGCAGAAACACAACGCUUAAGAAACUCAUAGAGGAGAAGCAUCUUCAGUCUCCACCGCUGGAGAGAAAGAGGAAAUGUGCCCCAAAAAACUUGAAGGAGCUGUCUCCUGAGAGCUCAGCCGAGAGCUCCAGCACAGAAACCAGCGCCAUUUCGGUUGAGGAAAGCGAUGAUGAAGAUUUCCAGGAACAGAGAGAGAGAGGAGAAGGAACAGAGUUUAGAAGGAGGGUUGAGGAUGAGGAGGAGGAGGAAGAAGAAGAGAUGACAGAUCUGUCUGUUUUCCAAGCUCCCUCUUUACCAGUCACCCGCGUUUUACUUACUGGGACUCUAUACAAAGCCCGGUUUGCAUCAGGGAGUCGAGGGAAGUGUAUACGGACUGAGGAAAGCUGGUUCACUCCGGAGGAAUUUGUAAAGGAGGAACCAACUCUCACUGAUGGACACUGGAAAAAAGAUAUACUGUGCCAUGGGAAAACUCUCAACUUUUUACUCAAGAAAGAGAUCCUGCGCAUCCAUUCUCUUCUGUGCGAAUGUGUGGAAUGCAGUGAUCAACCAGAAGACCUAAUGGCACAGAAAAAUGAUGAUGAGUGUUACACAUGUCACACUGGGGGAGAUCUUGUGUGUUGUGACGAAUGUCCACGAGCUUUUCAUUCACACUGUCACCUACCAGCUGUAGAUGGAGACUCACCUGGGGAAUGGAUUUGUACCUUUUGCGUGUUUACAACCAGUCAGCAAUGGCGUGACUCCAGUAGCAUGACUGAACAAGAAGCUUUAAACGCCCCUGUGUCACAAUACAGAUUGCACUGCCACUAUCUCUUGUUACAUAUGUACAAGGAGGACACCCAGAAGGUGUUUGUAAAAAAUCCAUAUCAAACAGUGUCCAGAUACUCUCAGUUCAUAUCUCAGCCAAUGUGGCUAGACAAAAUAAAGCAAGAUAUGGAAAGUGACAAGUAUCAGACGGUUGGAGCGUUCGUCUCGGACUUUCAGCUCAUUUUCAGGAAUUGCAGCACAUUUAAUAGAGACAAUGAGUUUGGGCAAAUGGGCGCCAGGCUGAAGGAAAUGUUUGAGAAGGAGUUUCAGAAAAUCUUCAAUAUCCAAUAACACCUCAAGCCCACCCCCCCACCCAACCAAAGAUACAAUGGAGAUCUGUGCAGCUUUGAAUAUGCAUUAGAUUUCAUCAUAAAGUAUGUAAGAUGGAUAAUAUUUCUUAUCCUGCAGCUGUACAUAGGAGGCUUGGAGAAUGCAUGGAUGGAAUAUUUC